AGCCCGCCCCGCCGCCGAGCGUCACGGAACCUGCUUGAAAUGCAGCCGAGGAGCCGGGGCGGGCGGCAGCGGCGGCGGCGGCGGCUGGGGCAGCUGCAGCCCCGGCGCCGUGGCAAAGACUCGGCAGGCUGAGGAGCGGCGGCGGCGGCGGCGGCGGCACGGGGUGCGCGGGGCGCGGCGGCCGGAGCCCGGGGCCCGCUAUGGGCCUCCCGGAGCCGGGCGCGCUCCGGCCGCUGGCGCUGCUGUUGCUGCUGUUGCUGCGGCUCCAGCAUCUCUCGGCGGCGACGGAUCCACUGCGCAGCGGCCAAGGGCCUGCCAAGGAGUGCGAAGAGAACCAGUUCCGGUGCCGGAACGAGCGCUGCAUCCCCUCCUUGUGGAGAUGCGACGAGGACGAUGACUGCUCUGACAACAGCGAUGAGGAUGACUGCCCCAAGAAGACCUGUGCAGACAGCGACUUCACCUGUGACAACGGCCACUGCAUCCACGCGCGGUGGAAGUGCGAUGGCGAGGAGGAGUGUCCCGACGGCUCCGAUGAGUCCGAGGCCACGUGCACCAAGCAGGUGUGUCCCGCAGAGAAGUUGAGCUGUGGACCCACCAGCCACAAGUGUGUGCCCGCCUCGUGGCGCUGUGAUGGGGAGAAGGACUGUGAGAGUGGAGUGGACGAGGCCGGCUGUGCCACCUUGUGCGCCCCGCACGAGUUCCAGUGCAGCAACCGCUCGUGCCUGGCCGCCGUGUUCGUGUGCGACGGCGACGAUGACUGCGGCGACGGCAGCGACGAGCGCGGCUGUGCCGACCCGGCCUGCGGGCCCCGCGAGUUCCGCUGCGGCGGCGACGGCGGCGCCUGCAUCCCCGAGCGCUGGGUCUGUGACCGCCAAUUCGACUGCGAGGACCGCUCGGACGAGGCGGCCGAGCUCUGCGGCCACGCGGGCCCCGGGGCCACGUCCGCGCCCGCCGCCUGCGCCGCAGCCGCCCAGUUCGCCUGCCGCAGCGGCGAGUGCGUGCACCUGGGCUGGCGCUGCGACGGCGACCGCGACUGCAAGGACAAGUCGGACGAGGCCGACUGCCCACUGGGCACCUGCCGUGGAGACGAGUUCCAGUGUGGGGAUGGGACCUGUGUCCCUGCAGGCAAGCGCUGCGACCAACAACAGGACUGUCCAGACAGGAGUGACGAAGCUGGCUGCCUGCAGGAGUCAACAUGUGAGGGGCCCCGCAGAUUUCAAUGUAAGAGUGGCGAGUGCGUGGACGGCGGGAAAGUGUGUGAUGCUCAGAGAGACUGUCGGGACUGGUCGGAUGAGCCUCUGAAAGAGUGUGUUCUGCCAACAUCCCAAGGAAACAGGAGGCGGCCCAGGGGGCUGAACGAGUGUCUGCACAACAACGGUGGCUGUUCCCACAUCUGCACCGAUCUCAAGAUCGGCUUUGAGUGCACGUGCCCGGCGGGCUACCGGCUCCUGGACCAGAAGACCUGUGGCGACAUUGACGAGUGCGAGGACCCCGACGCCUGCAGCCAGAUCUGUGUCAACUACAAGGGCUACUUUAAGUGUGAGUGCUACCCAGGCUACGAGAUGGACGCCCUGACCAGGAACUGCAAGGCCGUCGUUGGCAGAAGCCCGUCCCUCGUCUUCACCAACCGGCACGAAGUGCGGAGGAUAGACCUGGUGAAGCGGGACUACUCGCGUGUCAUCCCCAUGCUCAAGAACGUCGUGGCGCUGGACGUCGAAGUGGCCACCAAUCGCAUCUACUGGUGUGACCUCUCCUACCGCAAGAUCUAUAGUGCCUACAUGGACAAAGCCAGCUACCCAGCGGAGCAGGAGGUCCUCAUUGAUGAGCAGCUGCACUCUCCAGAGGGCCUGGCGGUGGACUGGGUCCACAGGCACAUCUAUUGGACCGACUCGGGCAGUAAGACCAUCUCAGUGGCCACAGUCGACGGCCGCCGCCGACGCACUCUCUUCAGCCGUGACCUCAGCGAACCACGGGCCAUUGCCGUCGACCCCCUGAGAGGGUUCAUGUAUUGGUCUGACUGGGGCUACCAGGCCAAGAUCGAGAAGUCGGGGCUCAACGGUGCAGACCGGCAGACACUGGUGGCAGACAGUAUUGAGUGGCCUAACGGAAUCACCCUCGAUUUGCUGAACCAGCGCCUGUACUGGGUGGACUCCAAGCUGCACCAGCUGUCCAGUAUUGACUGCAGCGGAGGCAACAGAAAGAUGCUGAUUUCCUCCCCCGACUUUCUGAGCCACCCUUUUGGGGUAGCUGUGUUCGAGGACAAGGUGUUCUGGACAGACCUAGAGAACGAGGCCAUUUUCAGUGCAAAUCGGCUCAAUGGCCUGGAAAUCUCCGUCCUCGCUGAGAACCUCAAUAACCCACAUGACAUUGUCAUCUUCCAUGAGCUGAAGCAGCCAAGAGCUGCCGACGCCUGUGAGCUGAGCGCCCAGCCCAACGGAGGCUGUGAGUACCUGUGCCUUCCUGCUCCUCAGAUCUCCAGCCACUCUCCCAAGUACACGUGUGCCUGUCCUGACACCAUGUGGCUGGGCCCUGACAUGAAGAGGUGCUAUCGAGCGCCUCAGUCUACCUCAACCACGACGUUGGCCUCUACCACGGCGAGGACAGUAGCCGACACCACAAGAGCCCCUGGGACCACCGUCUACAGCCCCACCUACCAGAACCAUAGCACGGAGACCCUGAGCCCAGCAGCAUCGGUCCCAAGCUCAGUUAGUGUUCCCAGGGCUCCCAGCGUCAGCCCGUCUACCCCAAGCCCUGCGACCAGCAACCACUCCCAGCGCCAUGGGAAUGAAGGUGGCAAGAUGGGCUCAACAGUUACCGCUGCCGUCAUUGGGAUCAUCGUGCCCAUGGUGGUAAUAGCCCUGCUGUGCAUGAGCGGCUACCUGAUCUGGAGAAACUGGAAGCGGAAGAACACCAAAAGCAUGAAUUUCGACAACCCCGUGUACAGGAAGACGACGGAAGAAGAGGAUGAAGAUGAGCUCCACAUAGGCAGGACCGCGCAGAUUGGCCACGUCUAUCCAGCAGCAAUCAGCAGCUUUGAUCACCCACUGUGGGCAGAGCCCUGUCUUGGGGAGACCAGAGAACUGGAAGACCCAGCCCCUGCCCUCAAGGAGCUUUUUGUCUUGCCGGGAGAACCAAGGUCACAGCCGCACCAACUCCCGAAGAACUCUCUUUCCGAGCUGCCUGUCGUCAAGUGCAAGCGAGUGGCAUUAAGCCUUGAAGAUGAUGGACUGCCCUGAGGAUGGGACCACUCCCUUCGUGCCUCCCGGAAAUCAGUCCCAUGCACUACCCUCGGGACGGUGUAUGCCUGGAUGGAAGGGUCCCUGUACAUGAGUCUGUGUGUGUGUGUGUGUGUGUGUGUGUGUGUGUGUGUGUGUGUGUGUGAUUUUUUUUUUAAAUUUAUGUUGCGGAAAGGUAACCACAAAGUUAUGAUGAACUGCAAACAUCCAAAGGAUGUGAGAGUUUUUAUAUGUAUAAUGUUUUAUACACUUUUUAACUGGUUGCACUACCCAUGAGGAAUUCAUGGAAUAGCUACUGCUGAGGAACUAACAUGAUGACAUAACCAAAUGGGACCGAUGGUACAGUAGCUCACUCAUUUAAAAAUUAUAUUGACAGAGGGUAUUUGGUUUGGGGGGGGCGCUUUUUAGGUUUCGGAGUUUUGGUUUUUUGUAAAUAGAAUGAUUAUGCUUUGUGGCUAUCCAUCAAAAAAAAAAGAAAGAAAAAAGAAAAAACAUUUCAACUCCCUCUCCCAUUUAGAUUAUUUAUUAACAUCUUUCAAAAAUAAGAUUAGUUCUGUAAGUAAUUUAGAGACAUGAGAGUAUUUAUUUUUGGUAUGACUGGCCCACCACGUGGAUGGUGUGUGUAUUCAUGUUUAUGUGUGUAUGUGAGUGAGAGAAAAAUCUGUCGAGAAGAGGCACACCUAUGGCUGUUGUUCAGAUGCAUAAAGAUAAUAUAUUUUAAGACAGCUCCCAGGAAGGGUAUCUGUAGUUAUCAGAGAAGCCCUUGGACAUUUGGCUCAGAAAACAGAUGCCCUGGUUUGUGCAAACAUGCUGUGAAAGAGGCAGCUCUUUUCUGCCUCUGGCUAUUCCUGGGACCCCCAUCAGUCAGGAAAAGCCCCCCAGCUCACCGGUGGCUGCUGACUCUCGCCUGGGCUUCCUCUUCUAUGGCUAAAGCCGGGGUACAGAUUUCACGCAGUCCCGGAAGUUCUUGUGAGCUCAGGUGAGAGCACGUCUGAACCUCGGCUGCUCCUUCUGUUAAAGUUCAGCCUUUCAGGUAACUUCAUGUUCCUUUAGGACCCUUGGGUUGAAGUCAUUCCGUUUCCUCCGAAGCCCCCUGGGGGUGCCGUCCUUACUUACAGAGAGCUCUUUCUAGAGCAGCCCAGGUUACCUCGAGGGGCUGGUUCGGGCACUGACCUCUGAGAUGCGCUCUGGGUGAGGAGGAGGGCAGUGGAGCAGGUUUUGUCACAUCCCUGUUUUUCCCUUCCCCUCACUCUCCACCAUUCCUUUACGUGGGGAAAACGGUUUAAAGGAAUACUUAAAUGAUGGUUUGUUUCCAUCAUGUGUUCAUACAGAUGAAACUAACUUAGGGUUUAAGUCGGAAAAAGUGGCCAAACCUAAAGUUCCCAUGUGAGGGGAAAAUGGUGUACACAAUUUAAAUAGUCUCCCGUACAUAUAUGUUCACACUGGGAUUUGGUUUACUGCUUUGUAAAUAAAAGGAAAAACUCUGGGUAUAUGUAUAGAUUUUUUUUUUCAUUGUGGACACUAACUUUGCUUUUCCUGGCCUUGGGCGGGGGCAGGGGUGGCAGGGGCAGGGGUGGCGAGGAGAAAUGAAAUGCUCUUUUCUCCUUGUGGGGUCCACCACUGCACUCCCUUCCCACUGGCUCUUAUCACAAGGAGUGGUCUUUACUUAACUCUGCUGUUCUGCCUCACUCCUGCUGGUGUGAUGAGGAAGUUUCUGGCUUAAGGAGGAGCAGAGGAUGUGUAUCUAACCUUAACAUGCCUGGAACUUGACCGUUGUAAGCAAAUUCUUCCCCUCUGCUCCCCAGAUGCCCCCACCUCCAUGAAGCUUGGAUGUCUGUCCAGCUUGAUACCCUCCGAAUUUCAGGCAGACAUCCCAGAGUUCUGUCGCCCUAUCUGUUCCUAGGGCCUUUCUCUAUGUCCCUCGUGGGCUCCUAACUUCAGAGGAAGCAGCUGUGUUCUGGAGCCCAGGCACCAUGCUUUGCAUAAACAAGCAAUUUCGUCAUGACAUGCAUGUGUUGAUAAUCCUGAAACACUCAUUGAGAGGGUCGAUGCAAUUGACCUAGGAUGACCGAUACCAAACAGAAUUUGAAGAACAGGUGGCCAACUCCUACGGAACUCAGUCCCUCGCUCUUCUUUCAAGAAUGGAAAGUAAAAUGAUUUUUGGACUGAUGAAAUUAUAAGAACAAUGAUGCAGUUUAUACAAAACAAACAGCUUUUUCUGUAACCUGCCUCCAAAGAAAUAGAAUUUCCUAGGGAAACAGUGACUCAUGUAUAGUUUCUCAACUUUGAGUCAGAUCCUGGCCUUCACAGAGAAAAAAAAAAAAAAAAAAUGAAUGGGGUCAGGAUGAAUCAACUUGCGAUC